GGCCACGAGGCGGGCCUUCCCUACGUUUCGUGUUCUCUUGAGAAAGCGAAAUGGAGGGGUGUGUAUCUAACCUAGUGGUGUGUAACCUGGCCUAUAGUGGGAAACUGGAAGAGUUAAAGGAGAGCAUCCAGGCCGACAAGUCCUUGGCUACUAGAACUGACCAGGACAGCCGAACUGCAUUGCAUUGGGCCUGUUCAGCAGGACAUACUGAGAUUGUUGAGUUCUUGCUCCAACUGGGAGUACCAGUGAAUGAUAAAGAUGAUGCUGGUUGGUCUCCUCUUCAUAUUGCUGCUUCUGCUGGGCGAGAUGAGAUUGUAAAGGCCCUUCUGGGAAAAGGUGCACAAGUGAAUGCUGUCAAUCAAAAUGGUUGUACUCCUCUCCAUUAUGCUGCUUCCAAAAACAGGCAUGAGAUUGCUGUUAUGUUACUAGAAAAUGGAGCUAAUCCAGAUGCUAAGGACCAUUAUGAGGGUACAGCAAUGCACCGGGCAGCAGCCAAGGGUAACUUGAAGAUGAUUCAUAUCCUUCUGUACUACAAAGCAUCCACAAACAUCCAAGACACUGAGGGUAACACUCCUCUACACUUAGCCUGUGAUGAGGAGAGAGUAGAAGAAGCAAAACUGCUGGCAUCCCAUGGAGCAAGUAUUUAUAUUGAAAAUAAAGAAGAAAAAACACCCUUGCAAGUGGCCAAAAGUGGCUUGGGUUCAAUACUCAAGAGAAUAGUGGAAGGUUAAAGCAACUUGGAUUUAUUCUUGCUUUAUUUGUUUUGUUGUCCUCAAUGGCCUGGAAACUAAUAUACUUGAGCACAAAGCAUCAUCUACAAUGGAUGAAGUUUUCUUAACUUCAGAAUCUUACUAAUAUGUUGUAUUGCUCGUGCUGAGAUAAUUAACUUGUUCUAAACUUGCUAUACAACCUGCUUUCCAGGCAUUGAAUAAUUAUUGAUAUUGUUCUGUUGUCAAAUAUUGUUUUCUAAUAUUGAAUUUUGGUUAAUUUUGAGCGUUUGUGUGACUGUUAUGAAUCUUCAGCACCUUCCUGUGUACCUUCUUUCUUCUGAAGCACAGUCACCCCAGUAGCAACAGGCAUGUUGCUCUGUUGGGUGGUUCCAGGUAGAACGUGUAUCAUCAUAUAGUUAAAACACAUCCUAAUACUCAGAGACCUGUACCAGAUGUUUCCUUUUUUUCCCAACUAUCAGUAUUUUGUUCUAAGAUAUAUAUAUAUAUGACCAAAUUUUAAGUUGGAGGAUAUGUUCUAAAAUAAUAAAAUAAUGGGUAGCCUGUGUACCCAUGUGUCUCUUUGAUGAGCUGUUUUUCCUUCAAAACAAGAUGUUUUGUUUUUAAAAAGAAAAUUUUGAAGUACCUAUAUGGACUCACCUUGUAUUGAAAAGAAUGUCUAGGUUAUUAAAGUGAUUGUAACAAAAAGGUAUUUCGAUUUGUAUUUCCAAAUUUAAGAAAAAUGUUAGAAUAACAGCCCAUUUUUUUUCAAUUCAGACAUUGACUUAAGGUUUAAAAUUCUGAGUAAAAACAUCUCUCAGCUGUGGGUAGCUCUAAAAUCAAUAACAUUAGUACAGCUUGAACUGCAACUAAAAUCUUAGAAUUGGUAACUAAAUGCAGAGCAAAAGAAAAUAAGUGCACAUUUGAACUCAAUUUAGGGAAGCAUCUUAAAUGAUUGUUAUAAAAUCUAACAUACUCAAAGUGACUUCAAAUUCUUUUUGGAUUUGAAUGUUAGACUGCAAAUAUUGUUUGAAAUAACUGAUCCAAGUGAGCCCACAAACCUGUAUUAAUUUGAGGUCAAAGGCUUAAUGACCAAUAAUUUAUAUGUUUUGUAAAUAUGAACUCUGUUGUUUAUAAACAAAACUGUUUUACAUAAGUUUAUUUUUGUAGUCCUAAAGAUUGAAACCAGGGACAUUAGGCAAGUGCUUUACCAUUAAGAUAUGCCCCCAGCCCAGGGAAGCAUCUUCUUAUGGAAUAAAAAUGUUGCUUUACUGAAUGCUGGAGACAGAAUAAAGUGAUAGGGAAAAUUAAUUUUAAUUCCAAUACUUUCAAUGUGAUUAAACAGUAAAGUUUUGUCUAAUAGGAUCUGUUAAGACUAAAGGACUAAAAGGACUUUAAAGGAUUUAAAAGAAACUCAUUUUAAUCCCUUAGUGAGCAAUACAGAUGGAAUAAAGACUAGGGUAAUUUGUAGACUUAAGUAACUUGUUAAUAUUGGAAUCACUGAUUUGUAUAAACUAAGGCCUCAGAUCCUAACCAAAUUGUUACCUGUGGGAAAUCUGAUACAGAUGAAGCUGAUUCAAGAUCAGCAGCAUGUUUUAAUUACUUCCAAAGCAAACUAAAAAAAGACAGUAUGAUUUUAAAGUUUAACUGAAAUUCUUGGUAUUAAUAUUUUUCUUUGAAAUUCUAUAUUACUUUUACCUUUUUUCUGUUAUGUCUUGUUUUUCUUUAAAUAAAAAAAUAAAAGUAAAUAAAGUUUAACUGAAAUGAGUCAAUAAA